AUGGGGUGUGGAGCAUCGAAAGAGAGCACUGAAACAGCAGUAGGGAACGUCGCGCAGAGUGUGAGAGCGGCGAAUUGCAACAAAAGCACCUCUUGUGCCUUGGCAGCAGCGAAGAGAAACGAAGAAGUCGCCGCUCGAUCGCCCUCGCCGGCUCCACGGCCACAGAUUGGCCCGAGUUUCAGAGAUUCCAGUUCUUCGCCCCGGCCUACGAGCGAUUCAAUCGCGACGCAACUUGGAAGUGACGUGCAAUCCGCCGCUACUCUCGACUCCGGGGACUUCCCAGCUGCUGCUGAAUUCGCCGAGCCUGGCUUGGAUUCCUCCGCUACUGCCGAAGUAGUGGACACUGCCGAGGUUGUGGAAACCGCCCAAGUUUUGGAGGCCGAGAUCCUGGAGCCUGCUUUGGAUACUUCCACUGCUGCUGGAUUGAUCAGAGCUCCAUCGCCACCACCCGAGUUCCAACUCUGCUACUCCUGUCAAUCGGUGAUAGAGAAGUUGGAGGAGAGGAAUGUAGCAGUGAAUAUAAACUUCACUAGUACCUCUUCGUUACUCUCGGCGAGGAGACAGCAGCUUAUCAGAACACCAGCUCCGCAGCCAAACGUCACGGAUUCCCGAGCCUCGACACCGAAAAGCACUGCAGCUUCUCCUGCCGCUGAGCCGAUCGUCGCGGCUUCACAAGAGCUUCUUCCUCCCGACGAUCUCGUUGCCUCGGCAGCCUUAGCCGCCGAGUCGAGAGCUUCAUCCAGAGCCUCGUCAAGAGCUCCAUCGCCGCGAGCUCCAUCGCCGCCAUCCGAAGUACCUGCGGCUGAAGUUCCGGUUGUCAGUCAGGAAAAGUUGGAAGAGAGUGCAAACUCCACUUUGAGGAGACUUAGCAGCAGGACACCAUCGCCCGCUCCUCGGCCACUGGUUUGCGAGUGCAGAGGUUCAUCACCAAAGAUCACCACCCUCGAGUCUAGAGGUUUGUCGCUGGCACCGGUGUUGCAUUCUGCUGCAGAGUCGAAAGCAUCGUCUCGAGCACCAUCACCAGCGCAUGCAGACGUAGAAUCCAGAGCAUCCUCUCCUAGGCAACUGUUGAGUAGUUUCAGGAGGCAUGUUAGCAGAAGCCCGUCGCCGGCACAGAUUAUAAGUCAGGCUAGUAGACAUUCCUCACCGGCUGUGGCAGUCGAGAUCGCCAAGAGACAUAGCAGCAGGAGCGCUUCACCUGCUCCACUUCCCGAGGUUUUCAAGUCCCAGACCGUUCCAGCUGACAUCGCCGCAGAUAGCUCGAGCAAAAACACGUCGAGGGCCUCGUUGGCUUCGUUGAAAGAUAGCAAAAGUUCACCGGCUGUAUCCGAGAGAAAUGGAAAAGUCUCGCCAUAUGCGCCUUCGCCAGCUGCGGGAAGCAGAGCCUCGUCUAAAUCACCGGCUCUGUCGACAAGAGCUUCGUUCGGUGUUGGAGACGAGGAAGGCGAUUUGCUUUCGGCGUCUGCGGCAGCUGCUCUGAAAGCCAUUGUGCAGAGAGUGACCAGUGAGUUAGCGGAAAAGGCUGUCACUCACCACGACCUUGUGCGAGACGAAGAAAAAAAGACAUCCGACACAAUUCCGGACCAAGCUAAGAACGAACCGGAACCUGGCAAAGAAGAGAAGACUGAUGAAAUCUUGUCAACUCAAAGUGUUGAAGCCAAUAAGCAAUCCAGUGCCACCGCAGCACCUGCAAAACUUGCGGGAAAGGGUCACUCGCCAAGACCAGGAUUGUACGAAUACUACCUGGGCCUUCGAUCCGGAGAGUACAACAUGUCUCCCCCGUCAUCUUCAGCUUCGUCCCAGAAUGAUGCACUCGCCGGUAUCAAGGAUGCUCUGGACGAGAUAGACAUCACCAAAGACCUGAUGGAAGAGAACGCAGCAGCCACAGCGAAGCUGAGCAGUCCCACUUUGGACGUGGAGAGCAUCUAUAAUGAAAUCAGGAAGCUGACGUUCUCGGAGUACGAGAAACUGGAGCAGAACGAUGACAGCAGCAGUAUUGAGCAUGAAACGGAGAUGGUAAGUACCACGACGAAGACUCAAGUUCUGGCGGAGAAGGAGCAUGUCGCCAGCCCCCUGAGCUCCAAAGGCUCUAUUGAAGAAGGUGAACGUCUCAAUCAUAAGCUUCAUGAACUAUUGACAAGAAUGCCAUAG